ACAUGUUAUAUUUUGAACAACUAGCGGCAAAGAAAAUAGGGCCUAGAGUAUUUCAGCUUUUUUUAUUGCAAUGAUUGUCCAUAAAAUGAUUCCUAAAAGACACCAUACAAUCCUUGUCAAGGGCUUCUUCUAUGUACUGUUGGUGCUAAGCCUAAUCUCACACUCCCAGUUCAGCAAUGCUGAGCAUGACUCAGAUGACAUUAGUCACCAUGGCAACCCUGGAGGAGGGGGACAUCUUAACCUGAAGGAGGGAGCUGUUAUGGGGAACUACGAAGCAGGUCAGACACAGGUUAUGAAUAUCCAACGAGACAGCCAUCACCCCAAGUAUGGAAAAUGCUGGGUCAAUGCUUUGCAGACUGUUGCAGCUGGUUGUAAAAGGCUAACAGAUGACGAGCAGAGUCGUAUGGCCUUGACUCUGGCUAACUGUCACUUAGCCAAGGCUGGCUUUGAUACAUAUAAUUGUGAUGAGACAAUGGACAUCAAAGACUGCCUAAACCCGAUGAAAGGAGACAGCAUUUCAUUCAAUGCCUACACUGAGUUCUUCACCCACACACAAGAUAUCUGCUUCUUUCUUCAGAGUCAGGUUUGGCAUGAGCAGACUGAGGAAACUGUUGAGAAGCUUACCCAGAGCUCGGAGGACGUGGCUAUUCAGCUGGAGGUAACAGGAAAGUUACAGGAAAAUAUGAUCAAACAGCAGAAUGAGAGCCUGAAGAACCAGAAAGAAAUCCUUGCCCAGGAAGCAAAGCUCAAUGAAGCAUUAAAGAGCUCAACCAAUAGUAUACAAGAGGUGUUUGCAGAGAUGAAGAGUAGCACUCUAGAGCAGAAAGCUCUGUUUGCAGAAACCUUUGACCGAGUCGCCCAGGUCCAGAGACUAAUGCUAGGAGAGUUCACAUGGUUCAACUCUGUGAUAUACUAUGUGGUCGGCGUCCUACUAGUUUACAUGGUCACAUCCACGUCUCAGACGGCAUCGGCAAGGUUCUCACUCUUCCUGCUGCUUCUUGUUAAUUGGGUUGUUGAGUGGAUCAUGUUCCGCAUCAUGGAUACGAGUGAUCAGACCGUGUUUCACGCCAACAGCUGGUGGUGUCGCAAGAUCUUCUGCUCCCUUGGUCUCCUACUCCUCAUCUACAAAGCCUCCCAGUACAAGGACUACAAUAAGAUCAACCAUGCCAUCCUGCUACAGAUCCAAACUCACAUCCAGCAGCAGCGUCUCAGUGCUUCCAGUAAUUCCCUUACGGUGGCCAAAGGGUUGAUCCAAGGUGUAGUCCAGAGUAGCAGUGCAGCAGCCAUGUCUAUUGCCUCACCAACACAAGUGCCUGCCAUUCAAGACAGAAGAGGCCAAACCUCAAGAUUGGGUAGCAACUCAAGACAUGACAUCACAGGGUUUAGCAGUGAUAGCGAUGCUGAUGUAACCUUUAAUCCUGAAAAUUUGGCUUCUUCAGAAUCACAUUACUCCAGUUCAGAUCAAAGUUUUAUGACUGCAGAAACAGGCAGUAAGAAUGCAAGUAUGAUGGAUCAUCAAGUCUCCAAAACACCUUUACGCGCUCACUUACCGUCAACCUCACAAGGAUCCCAAGCAGAUGACCCAGGAUCAUCAGCUAAACGGAAACGAGGUCGACCAAAGGGAAGUAGAAGCAAGACAUCAAGAGAAGGAACACCCGUGCAUAAUUCAAAUUUUCAGUCUCCAUACAAUCUCCGUCAGCGGGGUCUGCAUCAGUCGCCAAACCCUGUCGUGGACCUUGAAACGACCCUUAUGUUUGCCAAACAUGUGGAAAGCUUGGCCAGCAGGCACUAUGUCAUUCAGAGAAAGUCGACCUCAUCAUUGGAUGAUUCUAGGAACAGGAGAAACAAGAGCCCAGCCAAAUCAAGAAAAGGUCCAGCUUUCUUCUCAUCUGAUGAAGAGCCUUGAAUGAUGAGUAGAAAAGCCUGCAGGUACACAUAUCUGGCACCUGUAUAUACUUCCAUGAUUCCCAAGAUAUUGACUUGCUUCCUCCAUAGGAGAGCCUGCGCCAUUUUUUUUUAUCAGACUGUAUGGUUGGACCUUCCCAUUAUCAACCAUCUUGAUUUUUUAAAGCUUCAUUCAAAUAUUCAUUUACAAAUGUAAAUAUAUGUCGGAUUAAAACGUCAUGUGCAGAUUAAGGACUCUGGUCCGAUGUGUGAAAAUAUCAGCAACAAAGGAUAUAACAAUUUUCAUUUUUCUCAUCAUUAGCACCUCACCUUUUGAACUGACAAAUAAUUUAUGGUAUAUUCUCAUAGUGCAAGCGAAAUACUUCUACUAUGAUGUUAUUUCAUUAGAUAUAUUGUAAUGCUUGUGAUGAUUUAUGGGACAAAGGUCUGAUAAUGAAUAUACUAAAAUCUUCCAAUAUCUGAUUUUUGAAGGGAUCCUGCCAUUAACCCUAAAAGGACCUGGCUAUUUGAGAUGUAUUGAGGACCGGGGUGGGGUGGUGCAUGAUUACCCCCCCCCCCCCCUUCUGAUCUCAGUGCCCGCCGCACCAAAAUUUGGCACACACAUCCAUUUCAACAAAGUUUAAGCAAGUCUUUUUUUUUAUCUCGAACUAAUAUGUACAAAUUUAUUCACGAAAAACAUUUGCAGAUUUAAGUCCAUCCCAACAAUAAUUUGAUGAUUUGAAUAGAAAGAGAAAAUCCAACAAUCAUAACACUGAAAAUUU